GGUUCAUCACUCAAAACCCCAGGCAUUCGGAGCUGCCGGCUUUCCGCUCGAUGCCAUGCAGCCUGGCUCUAGUAUUGGCCACAGUGGGCCAGGAAACAGCGACGGGACCUCCUCUGGCUCCGGAAAGGGAUCGGGGGAAGCUUCCUGCCAGCGUGGGGGGGACAUUCGCAUCCAGCUGAGCUCUCCUCUGGGAGAGACUGAAGAGAAUGCCAGUCCCCGGCAGACUCCGCGAGUGGAGACCCAAAGCCGUUCCCACGCCCACUCCCACAGCGAAGCGAGGGGCGCCCCGGACGGUGCCUUGGAAACGGAGGAGCAAAGCGGGAGCAGCCUCUCGGAGCUCAGAUACAUCUUCCACUGGUUGCACAAGAGCCUCCCGUACCUCUUGAUUCUGUCUGUCAAACUUCUUAUGCAGCACCUAACCGGCAUUUCUCUGGGAAUUGGGCUGCUCACAACUUUUAUGUAUGCAAACAAAAGCAUUGUAAAUCAGGUUUUCCUAAGAGAAAGGAGUUCCAAGCUCCAGUGCGCUUGGUUACUAGUAUUCCUAACUGGAUCUUCUCUGCUCCUUUAUUAUACCUUCUGCUCUCAGUCACUUCAUUACAGCUUGAUCCUUUUAAGUCCCGCUGCGGAUUUUACGAACCUCUGGGAGGUGCUCUGGAUUGUGGGGAUCACAGACUUCGUUCUGAAGUUCCUCUUCAUGAGUGUCAAAUGCAUCAUUCUCCUGCUGCCUUCUUUUGUCAUGUCUUUUAAAUCCAAGGGUUACUGGUAUAUGUUAUUAGAGGAGCUCUGCCAGUACUACCGCACCGUGGUCCCCGUUCCAGUCUGGUUCCGUUACUUCGUUGGUUUGAAGGAGCUGGACGGUGCACUAGGGCAGAGUUUUGGAGUCUUGCUUGCUCUCCUCUAUCUCAUCCUAAAGCUCCUGAGCUUCUUCGGACACCUGAAAAACUUCAGGCAGGUCUUGCGGAUAUUUUAUACACGGCCCAGCUACGGGGUGGUGGCGAGCAGAAGGCAGUGUGCCGAAGUGGACGAUCUAUGUUCUAUCUGCCAGGCUGAGUUCCAGAAGCCGGUUCUUCUCAUCUGCCAGCACAUCUUUUGCGAAGAAUGCAUUGCGCUGUGGUUCCAACGAGAGAAAAUCUGCCCGCUCUGCCGGACCGCCAUUGCCGACCACAUCCAGAAGUGGAAAGACGGAGCCACUUCGGUGCAGCUACAGGUGUAUUAGAACCUCUGUUGGAGACGGGCUUUACAGUGUAAACUCACUGAAAAGCUAGGCUUACAGUUUUAAGGGAGCAGAGAUGCAAAAAGGGUGAACAGAAAGGAUGUAAACUCAGGGCUUUUAAAAGUCUCCACUGUUGCCCAACACUAGGCCCCACGGGUCCGUGCCGAUGCAAAGAGGAAGCCUGAAAACUGCUUUUCCAUAGCAUACCUUGCAUCAUCUUCCACGUGUUAUUCAUCUUUCUAAUGCUUUUUUUUGGUUGUGCCUCCGGAACUUCUUCGAGCCACUGAUGAUUCGGCACCUCUAGUAUUCAUUCAGUGUUUCAAAAGGCAGUUAAACAGGCUCUCUUGAAAAGAGACCUUGAGUACGGCAGCUGAGAGGACAAGAAGCCUGUCUGUUCGUGUCUUAAAGAGAGAAAGGACCUCUUCCCUCCUCUGGAUGCCGUUCCUCCAUUUAACUAGGCUUUCUACUCUAAAGAAACCUGGCAUGUUCUUUGCUCUCAAGUUCCAUAGUUCUAUAUUUCAAUGAUGUAAGGAAACUUUUCUACUUUUGUAAGCCUGGAUUUUUUAAAAAAGCAAAAUAUUGAAUACUAUAUUUUGUCAUAAUGAGUUAAGAUUUUACUAAAGGGGAAAAGAUUUAUUUUAGUAAUACUUUACCAAAAAAAACUCAAAAUGCCCAACAACCUAUAAGUGCACCAAACAGUUGGAGAAAAUAAACAUACUUUGAAUGUCUGGA